UUUUAGCUAGCUGAAUAGUGUGCCUUUUGAUCCUUGCACAUCCUAUCUAUUUCGGUCAGGACAGACACUGUGCUUCCUAGGGAGGCCAAGAGCUGAGUGGCAGCAGUCUGUCCCUUUGCAUUCUGGGGCUCGGCUCUCUGCCAACUACUUCAGGUAGCAAAGUAAGACAGCACCUGGCAGCAUGAAUGAGCUCCAGAGCCUAGGAAACUUACCUCCACUUCAAUCUUAUGAAUAUUUUUAGCAGUAGAAUGUUAAAUAAUUUGAAUUAAUUUUGGUUACGCUUUGGAGGGAAUCAUUUCAUAGAGACACUGGUUUUUUUGGUAUAGAUAGCUAAAAUAUUCUGAAAUAUUUUGCAUGUUUUAUACUAUCUUAUGUUUUAACUAGCCAGGGAAAUUCUAUUGUAACCAGUGACCAUUAUUUUUUGUAUGAAUUAUGUUUCGGCUGCAUUGUUUCAAGUGUGUAAUUCCAUAUUCUUGCUAUAAUAAGUUCAUUAACUGUGUUUAAUUGCACACUUGCUGAAAAUAUUUAGCAUGUAAAAAGCAGGUUUUUGAUAUUUAACGGCUUCAUAUUGAAGCUGAUUUGCUAUGAGCAAGUUGAGUGGCAGGCCUAGUAUUCUAUAUGUCUUGUUACAUAAAACUACUGCCAGAAUCUCAGUAAAUAUACCGUUUAAAAAGUUUGUUGUCUUUAUAUAUUAAUAUUGAAUUAAGACAGGGAUUAAAGUAAAGUAAGAAUGACCUGAUUGCUAUUCCUGUGGCAUAUUUUACUAAGAUUGGGUGCCUCAAAUGUCUGCUGCUGAAUUAUGUUUACCAGUGAUGUGGAAAGCAACUGAGCAGUCAUUUUUACUUCACACUUUUAUAAUCAGUUACAUGAAAUAUAACUUACUGUCCAUUGUGCCUGUUAUAAAGGGUGUUCUAACUGUAGUAUCUUAAUGCACAGAAUAUUUUGGCAUGACAAGAGGCUGAAUAAAUGGCUAUUUUACUUAAAAAUAGCUGUGUUCAUUUCAGCUCCCUUUGUGCGUUACAAAGAAAGUGGAAAAUUGGAAAACAUUUGGGAGAUCAGUUGCAUAGCAGCCCCUCCCUACCCCCAGCCUUCCAUCCUUGAGAGAACAGGUUUUUGAAGAGGUGUUUUGAGUCCUCUAGUGAUGCCACACAUCAGGUCACUAAGUGGUCUUCAUCUUUAGAGCUGAACACUCCUAGUCAUUUCUGGAAUGGCAGUGAUGCUGGAGCCAACCAAGAGAUAGGACACUGAAGAAUGACAUUUUGUAUACAAAUUAACCAUUUCUGAAAAACAGUCCUGUAACAAAAACGUAAAAAGAUAAGUAUAGGGGAGAUGAUUUGUAUUACCAUAGAAGUACCAAUUUUAACAUGUAUAAAACACCUCUGUCUUUAGAUGUGUUAUGUUCAGAUUAUUUUUGUCAAGCUUUGCAGACUUGUCCAGGAACAGUGAUCGUUGAAGCUAGAUAUGUUGGGUUUAUUUGCCUUGGGUAUUUUGUAUUACCUGGAGACAGUGGUGGUUGUCUGCUCCUUGUUUUAGUGCUGCUCUGCAGUGUUAACUAUCUAGAAAGAAAGCCAGACUAUUUUAUUGUUGCACUAUCUUUAACAGUCUUCCAAUAAAGGGUAGAGGGAGAAAAAUGGAUAGGGUGAUAAUAUUUUAUAAAUUCUAUUCAUUCCAAAUUCUUGCUAAGGUACUCACAGAUUUUGCCUUUCUUGUAAGUUUUGUAAACUUUGACCACUACUUUUGUAAACAUGAGGAAAUCCCUUGAUUGAUAGCAACUAGCAGAUAAUUUUGGAAUUAGUGCUUGGGUAGAAAUGUGGGCUUUGUACCGAUUUGACCCUGAGUUUACUGUUUCUCAUUUCUAGAAAUCAUCGGGAUAUUGGGUUUUACAAAAUAUAAGGUUCUCCCAAGCUGAAUUUUAUCUGGUAUACAGAUGAUUGUUCCCAAGAGCAGAUAAAUUUAUUUAUGUGGCAGAGGAGUACAAUAAGUAGAAUCUCAGGAAAAUUAAGUGGGAAAGUGCUAUUCUGAAACCUCGGUGAUAGAUUUAAUUGUUGUUUUUCUUAUAAAAGGUUUUCAGUUUAAAAUCCAAGAAGAUCAAAGCCAGAAAUGCCUUAUCUAGAAAUACUGGGAUGGGGGCGGGGGGAGCCCUCAGCAAUUUACUGCCUUGUAAGAGUCACUUCUACAUUUCAAGGAAAAUUAUGUGGCAUUUGGAACUGUAGGGUUCUUUUAUAAUUGCAGUCAAUUCAGCAACAUUUCUCUAGUCACCAAAGAUUGGAUAAGCUCAGGCACAGGCUGGAGGAGGUUAGGCAGCGACCUUAGCCUGGAGUCAGAAUGACCUAAGUUCAAAUUCUGCCUCAGACACUGGCUAGGUGACCCUGGGCAAGUCAUUUCAUGGCUAUUUGCCUCGGUUUCCUCAACUGCAAAACAGGAAUGAUAAUAUCACCAACCCCCCACCGCCCAUGUUGUGAGGAGCCAGUGAGAUAAAGCUCAAGGCACUUUGCAGACCUUAAACAUAAAGGCUCUAUUAGUUCUUUCAGUGUUUCACAGUAGAUAGGAAUUCAACAGUUGGAAUUUGAACCAAGUUUCUUCACAGAAUAUGAGUUUAAAGGGACCUCAGAGGGUGUCCAGUGUAACCCAUGCACGAACUAGUAUCUCUUCUCCUUGUGGAGAAGACACUUGACAGAUGACAAGUUACCUGGCUUUUGCCUGAAACAAAUGAGACUUGGAGAGAAGCAUGAACCUCACCCUCCAAGCAUAGCUCAUUACACUUCUGAAUGACUAAAAUUGUUAGCAAGUCUUUUAUUUCAAGCCUUAAUCUGCAGCUAAUAACUAUUUCUCCUAGUUCUGCCCCUCCCCUGGGGUCAAGCAGAAAUUAAUCUCUUUUUGUACAGAGGCUUAAGGACCAUUACUUUGUCUCCCCAGAUCUCCAGGCUCAACAUUCCUGUUCCAUUUGUCCACUUAUAGAAUGAUCUUAAAGACUUGGACCUAGCCUGUUUGCCCUCUGAACAUUGGCUUAUUAGAGAAUCAUUCCAAUAGAAACAAGGACAAAAUGUCUGGUCCAAUUAGAAUGCUUAUUUAUGCUGAAACUGUCCAAAAGUAAUGCUAUAUAAUGUUAUAACAGAUUCAGAUCAAAUUACUCCUUCCCAUCAAAUCUUGAAUUAAAAACAAGUAAAAGGUUCUACUGAAGCAGCCUCUGCUUUGUAGAGGUCUCAAGAUGCUUGGUUCCUUGACUGAAAUUGCAGAAGGUGCUGCUUGGUAGGAGAGUUUUUCUCCAAUUAGACCCAAUAAGCAGGAGGCAUCUUUGGUGAUCAUAUGAGUUCAGAUUGAUGUAGCGCCUUAGGCUUGGCAGGGUGCUUUCUCUUCAGCACAGCCAGGAGGUAGGCUUUAUAGACAUUCUCAUUUUAGUACCUGCCCCGAGGUCCCAUAGCUAGGAAUGGUCAGGCAUACGAUUGGAACCUGUGUCCGGAUACCAAGUUCAACUACACUGUCUCUGAUAUUGAUGGUGGGUUAGAAAGGAGGAAACACCCACACGCACACGCACCCCAUAAUUGUAAAGUUUGGGAAACAUAAGAAAUGCCUAAAGAACUUGGGAUCAUUUGGACUUUGGUAUCUUACACCUCUGUUGGAAGACCAAGGGCACAUCUUGCAAGUAAUAAGCAUAAUGUGCCCUGCCUAUUUUUUAAGAGGAUUGGAUAGUGGAAAAGGAACAGUAUUGAUUGUAGCUCUUCAGAAAAUCACCAAGGAAGUGGCUGAACUGAGAGGCCUGAGGCCAGAACCUUUUCUACUUUGUAGGUGACUUUCAAAUCUAGCUCUCUUGGAGCCAACCUGAAAUCCUACCAUGUCCCCGAGUAAGCCGUGUGACCUUGUUAUCUCUCAAUUGAAACAACUCAAACCAUCCUAACACAUUUCUCUAUCUUCAUCAUGUAAUAAUUAUCUGAUGAUCAAUGUGGUCUCUGUCAAACACAUGAGGGAAACUAGCGCUAAUGGGGGUUCAGUAGUAAAUGUGCCCUAGACUUGAUAGCUCCCAGGCAGCCAGAAUCCAUUCCCUCACGUGACCAUUGCUACUGUGUUGGUUACCCUUGCUUUCCCAUUUGGAUUCAGCUUCCUCUUGCUUCCAGAGCCUGACCUGUUUUCUCCUGCUGUCCAGAAUGGCCCCAUUUAUCCAAUUUAGCCCUCAGAAUCUUCUUUGUUUAUUUCCUGAGUUGUUGGCAUGACAACAUUCUCUCCUGGCUGUAGCCGCCCCAGAGAGCAUCUGUGAAAGCCUCAGCAGUACCACUCCCGCUUCCCAAGGUUUUGUUGUUUGUUUAGAUCAUGAGUCUGAAGAGACUGAUGUGUGGCAUCGACUCGAGGGACCUCAGGAAGGUGGUGACAGCCCUGAGCAAAGCAGCCACACAUUUCAACCAAAAUGAAAUGGAAUGUCUUGUAAAACUUUUUUACUCAUUUAUGGAAAAGGGAUAUGAACAAGGUAUCCAAGGAGGCCUGGAUCGCAGUGAGUUUAGAAACAUCCUGCAUAGUGUAUUUGGAAUGACUGAUGACAUGCUUAUGAACAGGGUGUUUGGUGCUUUUGACAAAGACAAUGAUAAUCACAUUAGUACAACUGAGUGGGUCGAAGGUUUAUCCAUAUUUCUCCGAGGAACUUUUGAAGAAAAAGUGAAAUACUGUUACCGAGUUUAUUACUUGAAUGGGGAUGGAUACAUUUCCCAAGAUGAAAUGUUUGACAUGCUGAAGAACAGUCUCCUCAAACAUUCAGUUGAAGAAGAUCCAGAUGAAGGAAUAAAAGAGUUAGUAGAAAUAACACUGAAGAAAAUGGAUUAUGAUAAUGAUGGGAAGCUGUCCUACGAAGACUUUGAACGAGCUGUAAAAAAAGACCGUCUUUUGUUAGAGGUCUUUGGCCCAUGUUUGCCAGAAAUUGAGAAGUGUCUUGAAUUUGAAACUCUGGUAUUCAAAGACAUAAACAAUGAAUUUCAACCAUGAACAGCUGAACCCUGGGCAAACACAAAUCAAAAAUGGAUCCUGGCUGCUUUAAACAGUAUCUAUAUUAUGAAUCAUACUAAACAUUCAGAUACAUGAAGUGGUCUGUUAUUUUAAGGCAAAGAAGCACAAUAAAUGUGAAAAUAAUGG